ACAAAAGAAAAAAAAUCCUGUUGUGUUUUGGAUGGCCAGAAAUCCAGAAUGGUAACCAUAUCCAUCUCCUCUCAAAACCUUCUAAGCAUGCAUGGCUUCGCUGCACCAUAACACCUCUUUAAGCCCUUUUCCACCUCAGAUCAAACCUGAAAAAUCACCUCAAUUAAUACAAACCCAUUGCAAACAAUUAUAUGGUAAUGGCAAAAAUCCGGAAAUUCUCACCAAAUCCUACUUCACCCACAUCUCCUCUCUGUGCAAAGAUGGUCAACUUCAAGAAGCUGUGGAUCUCCUCAAUCGAAUGGAAGCCCAAGAGCUUCGUAUUGGUCCAGAAUUCUACGGUGAACUCCUUCAGGGCUGUGUUUAUCAGCGAGAGCUUCUCUUGGGCCAGCAAGUCCAUGCCAAAAUUAUAAAAAAUGGUAAAUUUUUUGCUAGGAAUGAGUUCAUAGAAACAAAGCUUGUGAUUUUCUAUGCGAAAUGCGAUCUUUUUGAUGUCUCGAGCAAUUUAUUUUCAAGACUCAGAUUAAAGAAUGAGUUUUCUUGGGCUGCUAUGAUUGGGCUGUAUAGUAGAGUAGGCUUGUUUGAAGAGGCUUUGUUGGGGUUCAUUGAAAUGCAAGAAAAUGGGAUUUCUGCAGAUAAUUUUGUGCUCCCAAAUGUUUUGAAAGCUUGUGGUGCUUUGAACAAUGCUGAUUUUGGAAAAUGUGUUCAUGGGCAAGUCUGGAAAUUGAAUUUUGAUGGGUGUGUAUUUGUGGCCAGCAGUCUUAUUGAUAUGUAUGGAAAAUGCGGGGCUUUAGGUGAUGCAAGAAAGGUGUUUGAUAAUAUGUCUAAGAGAAAUGUAGUUGCUUGGAACUCAAUAAUUGGGAGUUAUAUGCAAAAUGGGUUUAAUGAGGAAGCAAUUCAAGUCUUCAGUGAGAUGAGAAUUGAAGGUUUUGAAGCGUCUCGGGUAACUCUGUCAAGCAUUCUCACAACUUCAGCUAAUUUGCGUGCAUUCAAAUUUGGAAAGCAAGUUCAUGCUAUUGCAAUUCAGAACGGAUUAGAUUUGGAUAAUAUAUUGGGAACUUCUCUCAUAAAUUUUUAUUCCAAGGUUGGUUUGGCUAGUGAUGCUGAACUGGUAUUUAGUAGAAUGAUCGAGAAAGAUGUGGUAGCAUGGAAUUUGUUAAUAUUUUGUUAUGUGCAAUCGGGUGAGGUUGAGAAAGCACUCUCCUUGUGUCGUGAAAUGAGAUCGGCUGGCUUUUUGUAUGAUUGUGUGACUCUAUCGUCGUUAUUAUCUGCUUCAACAAAUUUAAGCGAUUUAAAUCUUGGUAAAGCCGCACACUGCUUUUGUCUUAGGAAUCAUUUUGAAAGUGAUGCGGUUGUUGCAAAUAGUAUAGUCGAUAUGUAUGCCAAAUGCAAGAGAAUUACCGAUGCAAGGCAAGUUUUUGACUCUACAGCUGAUAAGGAUAUCGUCUCCUGGAAUACAUUGCUAGCUGCUUAUGCGGAAAUGGGAUUUAGCGGUGAGACGUUGAAACUGUUUUACCAGAUGCAGUUAGACGGUGUACAACAAAAUAUUAUAUCUUGGAAUUUAGUUAUUCUUGGAUUCUUAAGAAAUGGCCAGAUAAACGAGGCCACUGAUAUGUUUUCACAGAUGAAAGCGUCUGGCGUACAUCCUAACCAUAUUACUUACACUACCCUUAUUACGGGCCUUUCUCAAAUCGGGUUUGGCAAUGAGGCGAUUAUGUUUUUUCAGCAAAUGCUGGAAGCGGGGCUAGAACCAACCUCUGCAAGCAUUGUUGGUGUUCUCUCGGCCUGUACGAAUAUGGCAUCAUUGCUUUGUGGAAAGGCCAUUCAUGGGUAUAAUGUGAGGCGAGGAAUUCCGUUAUCUCUUCCAAUGGCAACCUCGUUAGUGGAUAUGUAUUCGAAAUGUGGAAAUCUGAACAUGGCUAGACAAAUCUUCGAUGCAAUUGCGAUAAAAGAGAUAGCCUUGUAUAAUGCGAUGAUAUCGGGUUAUGCAUUGCAUGGACGUGCAGUGCAAGCCCUCGGGUUAUUCGAGCAUCUAAAGAAGGAAGGCGUCGAGCCAGACAACAUAACCUUUACUACUGUCUUAGCGUCCUGCUGUCACAUCGGAUUGGUGAACGAGGGUUUAAAUGUUUUCCAUGAAAUGGUUUCUGUAUAUAACGUGGAGCCCGGAAUGCAGCAUUAUGGUUGUCUAGCUACACUUCUUUCUCGGUGUGGUAAUGUGUAUGAAGCUCUCCACGUUGUUCAGAAAAUGCCUUUUGACCCUGACGGCCAUGCUUUGGGAUCGUUACUUGCAGCUUGUAGAGAGCUCGGGGAGUCUGAGCUCGAGGAACAUAUAGCUAAAUCUUUGAUUAAAAUGUUCCCUGAUAACUCGGGAAAUUAUGUGGCGCUUUCUAAUGCAUACGCAACGUCUGGAAGGUGGGACGGGGUUUCAGAGCUGAGGGACUUGAUGAAGAGAAAGGGGCUUAGGAAGAGCCCUGGCUGCAGUUGGAUCCAAAACGGGAACGAGCUUCAUGCUUUUGUUGCUGGAGACCGAUCACAUUCGCAAACUCCAGAAAUUUAUGCAGUACUGGCUUUACUCGAGAUGGAAAUGUCUGCACAAUGAAUAAUACUGAUUCGUUAAGCCCCUCGAGACUUUUCUCCAUUGAUCAAGAAACCAUGCAAAUCAGUCUUUCGAAAUGGAGCACUUUGCAAGGCAAUUCAAAAUGAAUGCAGCCCGCGACAAAGGGAAACAUCUCGUGGGCAUGCAGGAAAUAAAUUUGUAUGGAAGUCUUUGUUAUAUUCAUGUUGGAGAAAAGCUUCAUUUUCUGUUCCCAGGAGGUUUGGCUUUUGAAGAUGCCACCUUUUAGGUUCAUAUCUGGAUUUUCUUCGUACGCAAUGAAUGAGCAUCAGUUUAUGAA